UGUGACAAUAUCAACUAUAGCAGUGAUAACCACCCACGUUCAGACAGCCCUGUGUAAUAAUUAUUAUAGCUAGCUAUACAUAAACCUUCAACUCUUAGCUUCUAUCAUUAAUUCUUGCUACAUGUACAAGGUUACUUGUCAACAGUAAAGAGAACAGAACACAUACAAAAGUCCCAGCCUAUACUCAACUCGGGCUAAAGAGCAAGCAAGCAAAUCAGCCAGAGAAAAUAUGGCCGAGUGUUUGGACAAGCUAGAGGGUGAGAUCACUUGUUCUCUAUGCCUGCUUGUCUUUCAAGAACCAAGAAAGCUACCUUGCGACCAUUGCUAUUGCACAGCUUGUCUCGAGCGUCUAGCCUUGUUCAGAAAAAACAGCACCAUCGAGUGUCCACAGUGUCGAAAGGUUUUCCAAGUGCAAAAUGGCCAAGUGACAGAUUUCCAGGUUGCUUUCCAUAUCAACCGUUUGAAAGAUGUGUACAAUGAGCUGACAAUAAGUUUUCGCCACGCUUCAAUUAGCUCCCAAGCGGAGGAUCUUCCGAAUGCUUGCAAAGAGCACAAGACACAACCUAUAGCCAUGUAUUGUGAGACGUGUAGCGAGCUAAUUUGUCGAGAUUGUGUGCUAGAUGGUACUAAGCAUAAAGAUCACCGAACUGGCUUCAUAGGGCAAAUUGCAGAGAGAUUUAGGGGAGAAUUAGACAAAUUGGCAGAACCUCUGAAAGAAAUGGAACAAAAAGCUAAUGUGGCGUUGCAGAAGGUGAAGGAAACAGAGGCUGCGAUAAAAUCACAAGGAGAACUUUUGCAAGAGUCGAUUGAUAUUGCCUUUGCUGAGAUAAUCUCUAAGCUGAAACAGGAGAAAAGUGAACUCGAAAGAGAAGCUUCAGAAAAGAUUCAAGAGAAACUCAGAAACAUUAGCCAACAAGCAAACACAAUACAACAAACACGCAGCCAGCUUCAAGAUACGCUAUCGUCCAUAGAAACAGCCAAACAAGCAACUCCCGAACCUGAGCUAAUCAAAACUCAGAAAGACCUCAAAUCAAGCAUCAAUGCGGCCCAAGAAGAUUUCACAUCUCUCAACCUAAUUCCGUGUGAGCUAGGGGACGUGGGUAUUGAGAUAUCUACUGCAGAAGCACAUGCAAAUAUCUGGAGAGAGAACAGUUACAUUUUUAGCCUGGCUGAUUCACAAAAGAGUACAGUUGUUGGUGCCCCUCUUUCGUAUCUCGAAACUAACACACGUGGGAUUUUGGAAGUGAGUAUCCUCGAUUCUAGUGGAAAGCCGUGUAUUGGAAGACAGAGCGUGAGUGUCGAUUUUCAUCAAGUGAGAGACGAAGUUCCGGGGAUCAUGCAAAUCACUGACAUAGGAGCAGGGCAACAUCGAAUCACUAUCCAAGUUGCUAACAGAGGCCGUUACAAGCUCAGCAUUGAGGUAAACGGGUGUCACAUUGCACAAAGUCCGUACGAAAUCUUUGUGACUAAACCUCCACUACAACUCGGUACACCAGUUAAAAAGAUAGAAAAUCUAAAGAGCCCAUCAGGCCUCUCUUACAGUAUGGACAAACUACUCGUCUCAAAUCACGAUCACGACUUGCUCACUAUAAUCGACUCUAAAGGAAAUAGAGAACUGAUCAAACUACCCGCAAUGUUACCAACUGGUGCGCUCUACGACAAAGACGGUAAUUUGUAUGUGUGUACUGCCCAAGACAGCAAGCUGCACAAGUUUGAUAAAUCAGGCCAAAGGCUCAAAUCGACCAUGACAGGGCAGUUUAAAUUUCCAAACGGAAUAAUUCUAACCAAAAGUAACGAGCUCUACAUCUGUGACAGCCAACAAGAUCGAAUCCGCAUCCUUGACACCGAUUUGAGCUAUCGUGACUCGAUCACUACCAAGAGUGUAAAAUCUGGAGUGCAGUGUACGCCUACUGAUAUCGAUAUCGACGAAGACGGGAAACUGUACGUUGUUGAGCAUGGAAACCAGAGGAUUGUCGUCUUAGAUUCAAACGGAGAGCUGAUACGAACUAUCAGUCCAAAGCGAUCAGGGUCGUUGCUUCAAGGAAGGUCCUUCAACUCAGUAUCUGCCCACGGAAGGCUUACUAAACCAGCUGGCAUGAAAGUGUUCGGAGAUCAUGUAUAUGUUGCUGAUUGGGAAAGCAACUGCGUGUUUGUGUUCACAAAAGAAGGUAACCUAGUGACAACAUUUGGACAAGACGUCCUGACACACCCCGAGGGGCUUACAAUCGAUAACGAUGGUUAUAUAUACGUGGCUCACGAUAGGAAAGAAGUUAUCAAGUUCUAAACUAUUUAUCAAAACUUCAUUAAUAAAAAAAAACAGAUGUGAAUCUGCAGUUAUAACAAUUUCAUUAGUAAUCUUUCACUUUCACUUUUAUUUUAUGCUGCUGUUUUAUAAUAGUCUAUCAAUCACUCUCAAGCUGGCACUGUACAAAAUUGCAUAUUAUAUCAAAAUUCUCUAAAAUCUUG